GCCAGGGAGCGUGGCGGGAGGUUUGAAACGCAACUUUGAGAAGUCGGGACCGGAUGGUAACAGAUUCGCAAGAAAAGCCUGACCUGGUAAAGUUUUCCCGUGCUCCCGCCCUCUUGGGCAGCUGGCCGGCGGAGCUGUGAGGAUGGGCUCGGCCAAGAGCGUCCCAGCCACCCCGGCCCGCCCUGCGCCAUGCAACAAGCAUCUGGCGCACGUAACAGACCCUCGUUCUCCCAGCGCAGGCAUUCUGCGCACCCCCAUCCAGAUCACAGGAGAAGAGACAGAGAAGGUGGGGGCCACUCCAGUCCUGAGAACUGGCCUAGGUUCUAUAUCAUAUUGGCAGGUGGAAAGCUCACCACAACUAAGUCCCUCUGCCAUGGAACAGCAGCAGAAAGUGGGGACCAAGGAUAUGGAGCAACCACAGGGCUCAGAUCCUCGCUCUCCCACAUUUGGCAUUAUCCGAACGCCCAUGAAAACCAGCACAGUAGACCCUGCAGACCAGCUGGUAAAGCAGCUUAGUGAGGCCUUUGGGGCUGAAGCCUCUAAGCUAGAGCAUUCCAGUGAGCUGGCCCUACCUGUGAAGUUUUCCUCACAGCCUGAGCUGGACUUGUCCCUGGAUACUCCACUGUCCCUGGAGCGCAAGAAACUACCAGCUUCCCUGAGCCAAACUGAGGUUUCCCGAAAACAGGCAAACACUACAGAAGUAACAGAACAGCCUCCAGCACUUCGAAUGACCAGCCAGGACCCUGACAAGUUCUUGAGAGGUUCUGAGACUCCUUGUUCCUCAGGUUCUAGGCCCCCUAGAAGGAAACCUGCUGGCAAGGUCCUAGGAAGAUCACCCCUCAUCACCCUGCAGGAUGAUAAUUACCCUGGUCCCCUGAUGCCUCGGCAGAGUAAACGGUCCACAGUGCUGAGUGAAAAUGUGGGAGAACGGAAAGAAGGAGCUAUUCUGGGAACUGGACACCCUCUGAAGAUUACUGGAAGGGCCUGGGAUCAGGGUCAUAACAAAGAGAACCAGCAUUGUUCCUUGGUUGAGAACUAGAACCUAAUUCUCUCUACUCUUGGACUUUGCUGCUUCAUUUUAUCUUCUCCCUUAAUAACCCAGAGAUGAGCCCAUUCAUUCAUCUUGCCUCCUCACAACUGAGAUAAUCUG